AUGAACGGCGGCUCGGCCCUUCAGCCAGCCAACCUUUCCGCUCUUGGACUUUGGCAACCUGAGGGCAGUCUAGGCCGGCUUCUCGUCUUGUCCGGCGAUGCGUCAAUGCGAACCGGACCAGCAACUGGCCUGAGACCGAGCCCCCUCCCACGUCCAUGGUACAACUCCCACUCCGUCCAAUCGCCUAUUAUGGCAGGCGCCAGAGUGUCAAUAAAUCGAAGGGGUUUAACAUGA